CAGCUGAAGUAUUGUAUUACACCAGAGGAACCUGACCAGCCUUUAAUAGGACAAGGGCGACACAAAGUAACCCGGCUGGUCAGGCUCUUUAAAUCUCUCAGAUAUGACGCAGAAAUUAAGAGCAUCGAUAUUUGAUUUGACACCAGAAAUUGUGGUCUCAAGUUAUGCCAGAAGACGCAGCGUGGAGCUCGACCUGUAACGGAACUCUGGAUUUAAACUUCAAGCAAUGUUGCUUGUUCUUCUUGUCAUCCUGAAGGACCUUUUGAAUUAUGGGGCGACUCAACGGCGUAGGACUGUUGACUGGAGCGCAGCGUAACAGGUCCUAAUGCCGCACUAUUGGACGGUACCUAUCAGGUGCUUCUUAGACAUUUCUAGUUUUAAAUCAAAGGCACGUAUGAGCUGACAUACAUUUUUGACCAACCAACAGGAUAUAGCUAUUUAUUAAUUUAAAUGUAAAUGUAUUCUAAUAUAAGACUGAAUAUGUAAGGUUAAAUUAUUUUAGCUUGACUGAAGGAAGGGAAAGACCUGGGAUUUACUAAUGCUGUAUUAGGAGAUUACAAGACAUGUGAAAUGAUUCUUUAUGCUGACAUGCCAGGAAUCAUGUCAUAGCACUGUGGCCACAGACUUGGGCCUGUUUUCUCUCAUCAUGAAUAUUGCUGCUUCAUUUGGAUACUGAUGGGUGUUUGUGCUGCCAGUCUGAAGAGCCUCCACCAUGGGAUGUGUACAGAGUGUAAAACUCAAGCCAAGUUUUCAUGAGAACAUCACAGUCCUGGAACUGCAAGCCUCCAUUGAUCCCAGUCCGACUGUCAUCGAUGAGUCGUCUAAUGUGGUUCUGCGAUACCGCACGCCUUAUUUCAGGGCAUCAGCUCAGGUGCAGGUGCCACCCAUGCUUUGCAAAGAGAUCUGGACUGUGGGCUGGAUCCAGGCUUGCAAUCAAAUGGAUUUCUUCAAUAUAUAUGGGAAUGAAGGAGUAUCCAGCUGGGAGCUCCCAGAGCUGAAAUGUGGGCAGAUCCAGGCCAUUAGUGAUUCAGAUGGUGUGAAUUACCCCUGGUACGGCUGCACCACUGAGAUGUACACAAUAGUGGGUCCCACUAAGAAGAGCACCAAACUCACAGUCAGCAUGAAUGACAACUUCUGCCCAAGUGUGACGUGGAGUGUCCCGGUGGGCACCACCAGCAGCCCCCCUCUCCUGAGCUCCAUCCAGAGGGACCAACGCUUCACCACAUGGCUGGUAGCCAUGAACGAAACCACAGCUGAGAUGAUACUUCUUCGAACCAUCCGCUGGAGGAUGCAGCUCUGCAUUAAAGUGGAUCCAAUGAAGCCUCUGGGUCAAAGAGCUAUAGUUGUGGAGCCACUGAUCCAGGAACAGCCUCAAGUCCUAGCCAGAAAUGAGCCUAUUCCAACAAACGCCUUGCUUAAGCCUAAUGCCAACGAUGCCCAGGUUCUAAUGUGGCGGCCUAGAAAUGGGGAGCCCAUUGUGGUCAUACCUCCAAAAUAUUGAUCCCAUGAAGGAUAUUUACUUUCUUAAACUGAAAUGACUCAAUUAUGCUCAGUUAAAUAUAAAAUGGCAUGAAGUGAGUGAGAAUAAUAGUCAACAGCGUUGCUGAUUUAAAGUUUUAAAGGAACAAAUGUAUUAUUUGUGUAUUUAUUGAUGGUUGAUAGGCUGUUUGAAAGGACAGUCCACCUAAAAAUGAAAAUUCUCUUAUCAUUUACUCAACCUCAAGUCAUUGCAAAUGUGUAUGACGUUCUUCUGCGGACACAAAAGAAGAUAUUCUGAAGAAUGUUGGUGACAACACAGAUUUGAAUCCCACUGACUUACUAUGAAUAACAUCAGUGGAACCUAAAACCAUUUGGUUACCAGCAUUCUUCAAAAUAUCUUUUUUUGUGCUCUGCAGAAGAAAGUAAAUCAUACAGGUUUGGAACAACACGAGGAAAUAAAUGAUGACAGAAUUACUAUUUUUGGGUGUACUGUCCCUUUAAGGGCACACAUCUGUUAUAUUGUGUACUGUGUUGUUUUUAAAUAUUUUUAAUAUUUGGAUAUUGUAAUAUCUGUAAGAAAAAAUGGUGUGGCCUUUGCAUACUUGGCUAUGGACUAAAAUGUGGCCUUAUGAAAUCUAUUAUUCUAAAGCAGGGAUACUCAUAUUUAUCUUGUGAGAUCCAGUCUUCUCCAGACUCACCUAUCUGUGAUUUUCUAAUGAUCCUGAAGACAUUGAUUAGCAUACCCAGGUGUCUUUGAUUAGGGUUAGAGCUGAACUCUGGAGCCAGAUUUGAGGAUUCCUAUUUUAACGUAAACUGAAAUCGUUUGUUCAUGUAGUAUGAGCCGAUUAUAACAGAGUUAUAUUUAUUUUUAGUAUGGUGUGGCCAAUGUUUUACAAACAAUGUUGCCUUUUAUUUUGUGCAAUUACAGGAAACACAUUUGCAAACGUCACUUGUGUCCAUGGCAUCUUACAAGAUGUUCCUUGAACUGGAACUGUGAAUAAUUUAGUUGUCUUCUCAUGUUUUAAGAGGCAGCUUUUCAGUUGCACAAGCUGUUUCAGGUACUUCAUCUCAUUUUAGACGUGGAGAACCAUUAUGUGGAAGAUAAGAUGGAUAUUCUACAAUAAAAUCAGUGUGUAACAAUAAA